ACCCAAUUCGGUAUUUAGAGGCCACAAAAGCCCUCCAAACCGGUCAUCGUUGUACGUAUUGGGAGAAAAUUUCCUCGAAUGACUUCGAUUUUUUCAACACUGGAAUUAUUGGGGGUUUCUAACCCAUCUAUCAGCUCCUAAAAUCGCUCGGAAGUAGGUGUGCUAAAGGGAUUUUCCCUAGAUGAAACUUGAGUGUUUAUUCUAGUAGUAGCAGUGAAAUGCUUCGCUUUGUAAAAUUUAUUUUGUUCGUGUACAAAGCUAGGUAAUAAUGCUCUUGCUUAAGGGUUUGGACUUGAUGCGAAAAUAAAUGAACUGAAUAUUAGGAGGAUCCAAAGGAAGGCAAGAAUAAUGUGACCAUUUUUUUUGUUUCAGACCUCGAAGCGACGCUGUGUCGAUUAGAUGCCACGAUUGAUUGAAAUUUACUACUACUACAACGUCUACGAAACUAAACCCAAGAUGUCACGGUGUGGUAAAAGGUUAGUUUAUCUGCGAUUGCAAACGAUAUGUCUCCGAUAGAUUAAUUUUCAUGAUUCUUUCGAAUUCCUCGAAAUUAUAUUUAUGACGGCUUAGAUCCGGCUUAAUUCUCUUUCAGGGCAGUCGUGAAGUGCUAGCGAGCUGGCUGUCGAGCGCGUCACUCAUUAAAUUUAUAUUCUGUCAUUGACUACAAAGCAUUUGAGAUCGUGGCCUUCAUGUGGCAUCUCAGUUAUGGUGACGGUGAUAACGGACAAGUUGAAAGACCAGUCCUUAGAAGAUCUUCCCUGCGAUGAGGCUGAGGUAGAAUUUUUGAAAAUUACUCUUUAAUCGAACAAGACCUUGCCAUGGUGUUUUUCUCACUCUAUCGCAGGUUGACAUGAAUUUCAAUGAUGUUUACUCUUCAAUGCUUUACUUUCAGAUAAGUUGUCCUAUCCAGCUCCGACUUCACUCAGCUAACCCUGGCCAUAUUUCAGGUACGAUUUAACCCUUAACUGUUUCAGUUUUUCAUCGAUCUGACAAUUUUAUUGGAGAAUUAUAAUCUCGAUCUCGAAAAAACAUGAAAAACGCAUUGUUUUGUUCGCCUUAACUGCUAGUAAAAACACAUGGCUCAUGGUGCGAUAUCUCCCUUCCCUUUCAGAAUGUCCGCUCAGUUACAAACUUCGUCGAGAUGGACGAUUAGCAUCUGGACAUUUGCGUACACGAAGCUAUCCAUCUCACCGACCAAAGAGAACAUACUGCAAAAACUGUUCAGGGGCGGACUCAUCAUCAUUCAUGCACUGUACCCCCAAGCCACCCGCUAAUAAAAAAUUAUGUUCUUCCCUAUCGUUGCCGGAUAACGAAAGCUCAGAAAGGCAAUUAUCAUGGGUUCCUCGGGCUUCUUCGGUUUGGCAACCGGUCGAACACUGCGGGGCAAAACCACGGUCGAUUUCUUGCCCGGAUGAGAAAAUGAAAUUGGCUGAGUCGAUGAGGAUAAAGAACGAGAUGGAGGCUAUUUCGACACCUCCUGCUUCGCCAACACCAAGACCUGCCUCAGCGAAUGCGGCCCUUGGAGAUAAGAAUAUAGUGUUCAAAAACGAAAGCGCACAUUGUGAUUUUGCCGGACACGAUGUCAGAGACUUUAACUUUAAUUGGAAACCGAAUGUACUUGGCUUGCAUAGAAGCCGUUCGCAACCUUGCUUUGAUAGGAUGAGAACGAUUGGGGUGAAAAGGAGAAUCGAUGAGGUGUUAGAUGCAAGGAGACCAGCUCUGGAUUUAUCAAAAAUGGAAGAGGUCUUGAGAUUCAAUUUCAAUUUUCACCACCAUGAAAAUUAUAAAAAAAUGUCAGUUCUUAUCCUUGAAGAGAACCUAAAUAAUCACUGAGUAGUUUUGAAUAAUUUAUUUCUAUGAAUAUUUCACAAAACACGGGUUCUAAAUCAGUUGUAUUUUCCGUCUUAGAAAUGAUAAAUAGGAAAUUCAGAUAACUAAUAACUGGGCGUGUUUUUUAAAUUUUCUUAUAGACCUCUUACUACCGAUGCAGAGAUAGAGAAAAAGGCUUGCGGAUCCCAAAAUAUAUGGUAAUUUAAUGUAUUGUAUUCACGAACUUUGAAUGUUGUCUCCAGAUGACACCACUCAAUGCAAAUGCAUGUUUUUCUUUUUCAGAAUAAAAGGCCCACAAAAGGAUUAACGAGCUAUUUUACUGAAUCCGAAAACUUCAAGCUUAAGCCGAUCGCUUCAUCCCCACUGGACGCACAAGACUGCAGUAUAAUGAUAACUCCGACAUCUUCUCCUACAAAACAGCUGGAUUCCGAAAAUAUUCAAAUCGUUUGCGAUUUUAAAGGCGAGAGCAAGUUUACAGAAGGGGAAAACAGCAGAUUAGAAGAGUCAAACCCCAAGGCACAAGACGAAGGAGUUUUUCAUUUGGAUUACGAGUCUGACUUGGACUUGCACUCGAUUGAAGAAGACCUUUUUUAAAUAGCCUUUGACAUGUAUAGUAUAGUCGUCUUUGAAACUUUUUGACGUUUUGUAAAUUAAACAGUUCAUACGUUGACCACUUACGAGAACAAACAUUUAUUCUUGCCCUGUAUUUAAACCCCGGAGUUUUAUUAUCGCUGUGAUUAUGACCAUGUAAUCACUGUCCUUGUAUAUUUUUGCAUAUAUUAAGACUGUAAUGAAAUAACAGAGCAGUUCUUCAGUCACGCUAAUAAAGUUUAUGAUAUCUAGGAAAAGGAAAAGAGUAUCUAUAAAGAUGAAGGCGAAAAACGUUACCCAGAUAGUGAACAGAUUGUUUUAAAGCGCC